UAGGGUUCCUGCACAAGUAAGACCCGCCUUGGCGACACCAAAUUUCUGUAACCACUCUGCUCAAGCAUUUCUCUUUUUUGAGAGCGGAAUUGUUCCACUUGCAAAUUCUGAAAGGACCCAUUAUCUUUUUUUGUCCCUUAGCUUCCUUCCUCUUCCAUAAUCUCCAAUGCCUUUUUAACCCAUCUUCUGAGCCAAUUCUAUUGACUCUUUGGAAUUUUGAGGAUUUUGUGUUUUUCUUAUAUCUAGGGUUUGGGGGUUUUGGAGCUAUUAAAGAUUCAUUGGAUUUAACCGUUAAUUGCAACCAAAAAUCACCCGUUUUAUCCAUUUUUUUUAUGUUGAGUUAAAGGUUCAAUGGCUUCCACAAAAGAGAGUGACAAUGCUUCCAAUUCUCCUUCCUCGCCAAAAAAUGUUUACAAGGAUUCAGAUGAUGGGCGACAAAGAUUCUUACUCGAAUUAGAAUUCGUGCAGUGCCUCGCCAACCCUACUUACAUCCAUUAUUUGGCUCAAAAUCGCUAUUUUGAAGAUGAGGCCUUUAUUGGAUACUUGAAAUAUCUUCAGUACUGGCAGCGACCAGAGUACAUAAAAUUUAUCAUGUAUCCUCAUUGCCUAUAUUUCCUUGAACUUCUUCAAAAUGCAAAUUUCCGCAAUGCAAUGGCACAUCCUGCCAACAAGGAAUUGGCACAUAGACAACAAUUCUUCUUCUGGAAGAACUAUCGAAACAAUCGGUUGAAGUUCAUUUUGCCUAAACCUCCUCCUGAACCAGUUGCUGCACCUGCACUCCCACCCCCUGCAGCUGUUCCACCUCAGCCACCUAUGCCAGCUACCACUGUUGCUCUGACAACUGCUCCUCCUGCUCCUGCUUCAGCACUUUCUCCAAUGCCAUACGGUCUCCCCUCAGGAUCUGCUCUUGCAAAAAAUGAUAUGAGGAAUAGUGGAAUUGAUCGAAGAAAAAGGAAGCUUGAAAGAAAUUAACUUGACCAACCAUCUACAUUGAAAGUAGUAGGGAUGUGUAUUUCAUGAGUUGCUGAAUGCCAUAUGUUUAAAUUUAGGGGCGAACAUGAGGACUUCAAUUCGUGGUGGACCUCUUUUCUUGCUUCUUUUUUUCGCUUCUGUCAUGGGGCGGUUGUCUAAAAGGACAUUUGAUUUCUUCUUACAUAGGUUGUGUAUCACCUGUCAUUAGAGCAACGAGAAAUGUGCUGGCCAGAGCAGAGGAAGUUCAACCAUGGUAACCUAACCGAGGGCACUUCCUUGUAAUAGGAUGAACCUGAUUCAUGUUUAAAAUUUCAUAUUUCACUACAUAAUUACUAUCCCUUAUUACAA